GAUACUGGAUAGGCAUUCGUUCUUUCUUUGUAUAGGCCUUUCGCUCUCUUUCUCUUUUUUUUUUAUUUUUAUCUCUCUCUGGUGUUCUUCUCCUUCGCAUCCUUUUCGGUGGCUUUAGGGCGGGGCCGAAACCCUAGCGUGGUCGCCAUUAUUGUUCCUUGGGUGACCAGCAAGAUCAACAGCUUGGCUUUCGCUUUUGCUUGCUACUUGUUCUGAGUUUGAUCUUCUUUUUUGUUGGUAGUUGCUUGUUUUGGUGUGGGAAAUGGCGGAGAGGGUGGAAAAUGGUGUGGUUUGGUUGCCGAUGGAGUUUUUUGAUGAUGAGUUUGAGGAGUUUCGGAUGGGGGAGAAAGGGAAGCCGGAGGUGGCGGCGGUGGGGGUUGGGAUGGAUCUCAACUCGCCGACGGAGUCGUUGACGGAAACGGAGAGCGAUGAGGAGGAGUUCCUCGCUGGGCUUACCCGCCAGAUGGCUCACUCUUUUCUUGAUGUCGGAGAGGAUACUGUUGCGUUCCCAGGAGCGGAACCGAAGGUUCUGGCCGGGUCGCCGCAGUCGACGCUCUGCGCUGUUGAGGGAUGGUCGGGGAUAAGCAAACGGAAGCCGGACAUGGCGACGGCGUUCUGGGUGCCGCCAGUCACACCCACGCCGGCUCCCAGUCCAUUCGAGCGGUCUCAGAUUAGGUCUCGAGAUCUCCUCUAUGCUGCCGCGGAGCAGGUGAUGCUUAUGAAACUUCAAGAGAAAGAGAAGCAGAGCCGGCUCCCAGUGCGUGGUCUUCUCGCAACUCCAAAGAAACCACCACCUCCGGCCAUGCCCAACGUUUCCAAGAUCCGUCCUACUGGCUGUUUCGAUAGUCCUGUUUCCAUUCCCACUCUGCAGCAACUCGAGUUCGAGCGGCUAAAACAAGAGCAGCUGAUAAAACAGCAAAUCUCGGCGGCAUGGGGAAAGUCCAACAGAGGUCGUAGCGUCGGCGUAAGUGGUGGCCAUGGCCGCGUUGUGGGUUUCCCACCAUCCACAUGGUCUUCUCUUCAGCAACAACACCAACAAACCCCAGCCGGACCGGGGAUGAGAGCUAUCUUCCUCAACGGUUCCAACAACCGUCGUGAAUCCACCGGCACCGGAGUCUUUUUACCUCGCCGUGCCGGCAACACCAACGAAGCUCGCCGCAAACCAGCAGCUUGUUCAACUGUGCUACUCCCGGCGAGAGUGGUGCAAGCUCUGAAUCUAAAUCUCGAUGAAUUGAACGCCAACUCUCGUUUCCCCGGUGGCUACGUUGUAGAUCAGGAUGUCUCGCUUUCUCGCGGCGGAGCUAAUGCUAUGCCAGUGAAGAGAAACCAACUCCACCAUCAACCGUACCACCACCGCCACCCGCCGGCCACCACUCCCUCCGCCGUCCACGAUGUUCGUCUCCCAUCCGAGUGGACUUACUGAGUUUGUUAUCUCGUCAUCCUGCUGACUUAGUGAUUCUUAGGCUUACUGACUAAUUUUGGGUUUUUUCGUAGUGAUUAAGAUAGGUUUAAGUGGCAAUUUGUUCUUGAUGCUUGGUUGAAGAUGAAUUAACGGUUCAAUGAAGUUGGGAAUAGUGAUUAAUAAUAAGGUUUGUUUUGAAAAAAAUAAUUAGCUGAAAAAAAAAGAAAAGGAAAUCCUUCAUUUCAAAUUCAAAUAAGCAAAUGGUUGGUGGUUGUGGUUGUGGUGGUGGUAGUGUAGUAGUGGUACUAGUGCUGUUGAUCAUGGUUUGAAGUUUGAAAUGAAAGAAAUAUAUUAAUGUAUCAUGAUUUGUUGGAUGUGUUGUUGUAUACCUUGGAAUUUUAUGAGAAGAAAAUUAUAUGGUUUUCUUUAUUUUUAAAUUUUA